AUGUCAUUGCACGAUAAACAUUCAAACAUCUCGGAACAUUCAGAAGAACCAUCCAUUUUAUCAUUCGAUGCGAACGAGCGAAAGUUGGCACGCAGACUUCGUAUACAACGACGUAUACAAGCACGAGAAAAACAGAUAAAAGAUCAGGAUGAAGAAGUCGAGGAAAUAACUCCCAUUGAGAAGCAAAUACUCGAUAGCAUAGAAGCGUUGGAGAAGUUAACCACAGAAGGAGAUGAAGUGGUUGCAGGUGUUCGAGUGGCAAGCGACGCGAAAGAGUUGCAAAGACGAAAAGAGAUGCAAGAGAAGAGAGAGGAGCUGUUAAAAUUAAUAGAAGAGGAAGGCCAAAGAUCUAUGGAAAAGUAUCGUGAAAUUACGGAAAAAUGGCCUGAUAUACUUGCUUCGAAACACCCGCUGGACAUUCACGACGAAUUGGAAAAGCAAAAUGCCAAAUGCCUCGAGGUCCUGAAGAAGAAGGAUGCGUUGAUCGCGGAAUUGAAAGAAGAAUUGGACAACGCUGAUUUACAGUAUGCCGAGGACGUGAAGAAACAAAACGAGGAUAUUGAUUUGCUCAUCGAAAGAAUGGAGAAUCAAAUACGAACGAUGACCAAAGCUUAUCGCCGAGAAGUAGAAUUGAUCGAAAGUGUCAUCGAAAUGGAGCGAAAGAUGCUUUUGGAAUCCUCUCUGGAGAAAUGGAAUGUAUUAUUUAAAAAGCUGAAAGAUGAUACGUUCAAAGCAACGGAGGAAAGAAAGGAAGUGAUGCGUGAAUACGAAGAGGAGAUGCAGAAAGUAAUGAUAAAACACCAAGAAGAGUUUAGGAAGCAAAAGAUCAUGUUCGAGUUGGAAAUACAGAAUCUUCAGCAGGAAGUGCAAAAUAUGAAAGUCUUCUGUAUGAUGAAUAUUGAAAAAUUAGAUUAUAAUUAUGCAGUGCUAAAACGACGAGACGAAGAAAACACUAUCGUGAAGAAUCAGCAGAAGAGGAAGAUUAAUAAGCUCGUAUCAACAACUAUUUGUAAUUGUUUGCUUCAAGAUGUUAUUAAUAACUUGAAAAAGACUUACUCAGAUUUGGAAGAAUCAACUAGAACAGAUAUUCAAAAGAUCACGAAUCAAAUAUUAAAGUCGCAUAGAGCUAUACAAGACUUGGAAGAGAAGUCCAACAAUCUCGCCGAGAUCAACGAUAAAAAGUACAUGCAAAUAUGGGAUAUGAAUAUUAAAACUGCAAACGAAUUAGUCGAUAAGAUUUUGACGGCAGAUAGAAUUAUACACGAACAGUUGUUAAUAAUGGAAUGGCAGCCACCGGAAAAACAGUUGUUGAAAAAAGAAGAAUUACCUUCGUUUUGCAGAGCAAUGUGUGCCUUAAAAGCAGAACAAGAGGAAGCUAAAAAGAGAAAAAUGAUAACCAAAACAUACAAGCCAGCGACUACUUUAGAAGAAAUUAAUUUGGAACGGCGCUUAUUAAAUCAUAUUCUAAAACUGAUUUCUGAACAUUGUGACUACCUUAUUGAAGAUACUUUGAAGAAUUUACUUUCUGAUUAUGCAGAAGAGGAUAAAUUAUUGAUUCGAGUGGAUAAAGUAUUCGAGGUGAUCUUUGUCGCGCUAAAAAUUACGUCCGAACAAGAAUUUCAAUUCUUAUUGAAUUUUUUCUUACCGUACGCGUAUUGCCCCACUUGUACGACCAAAAUUGUAAGUACACCCAGUGUUUGUGGACGGUCUGGGGAAAUUGCUGAAAGUUCUUCGUCUUUGACCACUUUACUUGACGUUUGCGGCAGCGAUACACUUAAUGCGGAAGAAGCUAAAUUAGUGACAGCUAUGGAAGACGUACUUUGUUCUGAGGAAUCACAUGACGAUGGACAUGAAAGUGAUAUUGUUACAAAUGAAAAUGUACCAGAAUCCUCUUCGAUCGAAACACCGACUGUAAAUGUACAAGUAUCGACCUGUGUAUCUGAAGGCAUUAUUGAAGUUACUAACACGGAUGGCGAACCAAAACGAUUAUUAACAUGCGACAGAGGCCAUUUGUUGACGGUUGAAACUGAGAUUGUUUCAAGUGCAUUAAAAGAUUUCGUGGAGAGAUACGAGUUCGUUAGGAAAGAAACUUCGCCUGAUAAAAAAAUAAUUAAAGAGAAGGUCACGAUAUCACGUAAUAUAGCGGACAACGAUAUAAUUGAUUUUUGGGAACGAUAUCGGAAUAUUUUUUCAAAAGACAAGGAAAGACUGUGGGACAAUCUAUUGGUUGGGCUUAAAAAGUAUUAUGAAGUGUUGAAAGAAAGACAUCAAUUAAAUGCUGAAACACAAUCGUUACGAAAACAGAAUGCGGAAAUGCGUCGUUUAUUAAGCAGUUACACAACACAGUUUUCCUGGAUAUUUAUAGUUGUCGAUGCCACUGAACUGCCAACAUCUUUGUCAGCCCACCCACCUAAGCAUCAAUGUGCGAUCAACACUAUCUAUGUAUCACAACCGCUGAAGCGGUUACGUGUGAUAAUAAAUCAGCUUGAACACUACAUUCAUGCCAUAGAAAAAGCAACCAUUAAUACAAACAAUUUUUAA